UUCUCAUAACAUCUAGCUUCUAUUUUAGGUGCCUUAUUACCAGUUCCAGAUCAGUAUUACUAUGGAGCCCAAAUCUAGAGUUUCAACCACCAGCUGUUUUUCAUUGCCGCAAGUCAAUGAGCCAAUAAGCUCAUCGAUCGAAGAGGAUCUGGAUAAGACCGAGGUCACAUCUACCGACAACGGUACCACUACCGACAGCGAGCUACAGACGGCUAAGAUGGCCAAAAUACUACAGCAGCAGCGGGCCGAACUCUUGUGGAAGACGUUCACGGAUGAGGAGUACAGCGACUGGAAAACGUUCAAGGACAGCAACUACAAGGUCCCGCUGCUUUCUGUGUUCUCAUACGUCAAGUGUAAACCCAUAAUCAUUGAAAUGCCCAAUGUGCCGCCCAAGACAUCGGGGCCGCGCUUGAUGACCAAUAUUCUGAAGAGCAACUAUGGUGCCAUCGCCCUCGUUCUGAUCGGAGAGACAAAAUUCAGGUGCAUUCCCUGCGUGCUCAAGUGCUUCUCCGUGUGGUUUAGUACACGCGACUGGCGGAUAACCCGCUUCAAGUUCAAAGAGAGUGAGGUGCCUCCCCGCGGCUUCGAGGUCGUCUACGAAUGGAUGCGCACCAACCAGCUGCCUAAAUUCGAGGAUCUGGUGCCCGCACUCCAAGUCGCGUGCCAUCUAAAAGUAACCCUGCUGGAAAAGGAAAUCUGGAAGAUCCUGUCCGACGACUCUGUGCGCGAGAAAAUGGCCUUCCUGGUCUACCUGGACGCUAGACGGGUGCCGGGGCUCGGUGCGCUCUGCGAGGCUAUGCUGACCCGGUUCAGGAAAUACUUCCUGGCGCUGGUGGGUAGCCCAGACUUCGUGCAUCUAACAGUGGGCGUUCUGGAAGACUUACUGCGCCAGGACUCGAUCGGUGUUAAUUCGGAGAUGGAGGUGUUCUUUGCCGUGACUCGUUGGCUGGGCCUCUCUCGCAACCCGAAGCGCCAAGAGCACUUGCAGCGUCUGAUGAAGUGCGUCCGCUUCCACCACAUGCCCAUAACUUUUUUGUUUAGCCUGCGUGAGUCUUUCAACCAUCCGGACAAGUCUAACCUUUUUAGCGACGAUCCCGUUAUGUUGGCAUUCAGUAAGGAUUCGGAAAUGAUGGAUACGCUGGAGCACGCCAUAUACUUUAUCGGUGUGCGCAACCAAUGCGGUGGCAUCAACGACUUUCUGGCCACCUGCGAGAGCCACCACAUGGAGGUGGUCUUACCGCGAUUGUGGGUCUAUCACGUCAACUGCCCGUACCAUCUACGCACCAUUGACUUCCCAUAUCAGCACCGCUUCACAGCCACGGAUUUUAGCGCCUACAUUAAAAGCAUCCAGAAGGAAUGGUCUGGUAAGGGGCCGCCGGACCACGGAAAGGACCUGGUCAUCGACGUGGAGCUGGAUCCUCUGCUAGGCGGGCACGAGGAUGAAAAGGCCAAAGAGUGACCUAAUGUAUAUUUUAUAUUUUCCUACUGUUUCUUACCAUUGUUUUCAAAGUGUUCGACCUCUUUUUCGAACACCCGUUCAAAAUAAAGUUGCUUAACCAA